AUGCGAUGCCUGACAUGCCUGCUGGCCGGUCUAUCUAGAGCCGUAGCAGACAGGUGGGCCUAUUCUAUCGUCCCAAAGCCAAUCUUGUUCAAACCACAAACUUUCACCAAGGAUAUGGACCAUCCACCAGCGCUGGCUUGGGCAGACGGGAGUCAUGACCUCACUUUGCAAUUCAAGGUUCACCUGGGUGUCUGGACCGAUUGGUCUCGAGGCCGCGUCCUUGGUUCAACCUUGACUCUCACCCGCACGCAGGCAAAUUUGUUGAUCGCCUUUACUGCUUCUUUUGUGGUCUUCGUUGGCUCCCGGUUCUGGCGUAUCGCUUGUCUCGUCCUUCACCAGUUAUACUCCUCCGCACAACCGCGUGAUGCAUUGCACCACCAACGCCAAGCUGUGCUGCGGAAUUCUGGGUCGUCCGAUUCUGGGAUCCUGGCGUUCCUCGCACUGCUGAGUGCGUGGCGUACCUCGAGUGUAAAGGCGAUGAGGCGAACAGCUCUGGGGUUGUUGCUGGCUAUCUUCUGCACAGUUGCAUUCACACUAGCCGGAGGUUUUUCGUCUCAGAUCCAGCUCGGCAGUGAUAGUCACGGUGGUUCUGUGCUCCUCAAAGGUGACAAAUGCGCCGUGCUGCCUGAUGUCACGAGUCUGCAGGAACAAGUCGCAUGGCAAAAGACAGUGGCCAAGUUCUUCUAUACUGCGAGCAACUAUGUUCAACAAUGCUAUUCUCAGAAUAGCACGGGGCUUACAGAUUGCAACUAUUUCGUCACACAGAGACUUCCGGGCUAUAUCAACACAGCAGCACCGUGUCCAUUCAACAACACGAUAUGCCGUAAAGAUUCAUCCAAUAUCGAAUUAGACACUGGUUUCAUUGACAGUCACACUCACCUCGGAAUCAAUGCACCACCCGACGAGAGGAUAUUCUUCAGGAGAAAGUUACAAUGCGCGCCGCUUGUGACGGAGGGCUACAAUUCCCCGAAUGGAAACUUUACUCGGUAUAACUAUGGCUAUCAAUUGGUUGGCAGCGGCCAGUCUGGGAUGGUUAAACCGGAUUGGAACUACACAUACGAGGUCGAGAAUAUCGAAAAGCAGUAUGAAAGGUCCAGUGACAGGCAAAUGCUCGAACAACAAUACAACAUACGAUCAUUCUUUGCUGGAACUCAAAAUGCCACCCUCAGCACCGACCCGGCCAGUAGCUUCCUGCCCAACAAUGAGCUCGCCCGCACAGAUGCCGACAUUUUCGUGGUGUUCCUGUCCGGGCACGGCGUCUUCUUUACGGAACCUUUCUAUGAUGAAUGGUACAGGGCCACAGAGCCUUUUGGCACACUCGGCUUUGGUGCGCAAAAUUCUUCUAUGUAUCGCCCAGCUGAGUCUGCUUCUCCCCUCGGUUGUGCUACUCAAUGGCAGUUCUGUCAUGGCAACACAUCAAACUGUGGCCCGCUGGCAAGCUAUUACGAUGCCAAAUAUGGGGCUCUACAGGCUAUCGCGUCGGAUACCGAGGCGGCGGAUCGCCUACAGUGGCUCACCUGGUCUUUGUACAUUGACGGCGCCGGAGAAGCUGCUCUGCUGCAACAAUUGCAAGGCAAUGCGUUGCUGUCCAAGUUGAGUCUGAUCGUUGGAUACCAGGGUCGACUCCCUGACAAUGAGUGGCAACUUGAUGUCGGCAACUGGUUCGCCGUAUAUCUCAACAUGAUGCAGUCGAAUAUUCUGGAGACCGUGUCCGGGUUGAUGGUUGCAGAUACAGGAAUCGGUAGUGACGAGCCCGACACGGAUGCUGCUCGGAGAAUGUGUGUGAAUCAGAAAAUACGCACGACGCGUUAUUCCUCUUUCAGCUUCUUUGGCAUCAUGUUCACAUACAUACUCGGGGUUCUCGUGCUUGCUGCCUCUUAUUCACUUGAGCCGAUUCUGGCUUGUCUACACCGUCACCGGAAGUACAAGCAAUAUGCCUAUCUGGAAUGGACCACGAAUGACACCCUUCAACUGCAACGACUUGCCCAUGAACAGGCGAACGGAACAAGCGGAGAAUGGUCGCGCUGUACGAACUGGGUCCCCACCACCAAGCCCGGCAUUUCUCUGUCGAGCCUGGAUAUUAGUGACUUGGAUCACCCCAGACUUGAGCAGAGCACAGAAGACAAGGAUUCCUUAGGCUUGAGCGCCCUGCAUCACUUUGUGUCUCCUAAUGGGACGCUGGUUCCUAAGGACUCCGACCUGACGCUCAGUACCUACAGCCGCCAAAAGACCCUGACUUUCAACACUGUCACGGGUCUAGAUGUUGAUAGCUCUCCAGUGCGUCCCACUCAGCCACCAGCAGUGGACGGCCAUACAGGCAGUACAGGCCAGGAUACACAAUCUUGGCUGCCAUCCCCGCUGACUGAGCCCUCGUCACCCCACGACCAGAGCCACCCCCAGCGUACACACCAGCACGGUCUCGAUACAGUCCCUGGGGGACAUCCCGAAAGUCAAAUUAGUUCGAGCGUUGUCGGCAAUGGCGUGGCGGGCUCCACGCGCUGAUGAUCAGACCCGAACGGCAUGGUUG